CUGAACAGCGACGCCGUGUCGUCUUUGCUUGUUUUCUUUGCAAUAAUUUUACAGUUUGAGACCAAAUUUUAAAUAAAUAUCUUUCGAUACCUGAGUAUUUUUGUGACUAAUACUAUAAGUUAGUGCAUCAUCAUGGCAACGAUAGGUCCAAAGAAGGAUGGAGGGCCUAAUAUCGAAUUUUUUCAGUCACCGGAAUCUCUAACACAAUUUGACCAAAUCCGCGUUUGGUUACAGAAAAAUUGCAAGAAGCAUGUGCAGACAGAUCCACCUACAAAAGAGGGUUUAGCCCAGUUAGUGAUACAGCUCAUUCAGUAUCAAGAGAAUAAAUUAGGAAAAAAUGCUUCUGAUCCUCCAUUUUUGAGGCUUCCGAUGAAAGUGUUUAUGGACAUGAAGCCAGGCGGGUCCCUGUGCACGGUGCUCGCCACCAUGUUCCGCUUCAAGUCGGAGCAGCGGUGGCGCAAGUUCGACUUCCAGGUCGGUAAGAAUCCUUCGCGUAAGGACCUGAACGUGCAGAUGAUGAUGGAGAUCGAGUCCUCGUUGCUCGGCGCUGAAGUCAUCCGCUCGCCCUGUGUCUUUAUACGACCUGACGUCGACAAGGCCACCGCCAACAAAGUCAAGGAUAUCGUCGGUAACCAUCAAGGAGAGAUAUGCGAGGAUGAAGAGGACGCGACGCACAUCGUGUACCCGACAGUGGACCCGCUGGAGGAGGAGUACGCGCGGCCUGUGUUCCGGCGCGGGAACCAUGUACUCGUGCACUGGUACUAUCUGCCCGACAGCCACGACACUUGGGCGCAAGCUGACUUGCCCGUGGACGUGCCAGAGACCGUGAGCUGGGACUGCAACCGGUCGGAGCCGUGGCGCGUGUCGGCGUCCUGGGCACUCGACCUGCCGCAGUACAACGAGUGGAUGAACGAGGAGGACUACGAGGUCGACUCCAAUGGGAAAAAGAAGGUCCACAAACUACGUCUGUCAGUGGAUGAUCUGAUUCCGGGAGCUGAACCCUCAAGCAAGUCCAAGAAAGGCAGCAAGAGGAAACGAUCUCCUUCACCACCGCCGCAGAAACAUGGCAAGAGAAAGAGUCGCAUAACCAAACGUCGCGAGAAUGACGUUGAUGAAGAAGAAGAUAACGCAUCUCGAGAUAACACUGACGCUGUGCCUACACCAGAGAAUGAAAGAGCUGCCGAGACGAGCGCGGCGGCCGGCGGUGCGGCCGGCGGCGCGGCCGGGCCGGCGGCCGACGGCGCCAGCGAGGCGCCCGCCACGCCUGCGCCGCCGCUCGACGCGCACGACGACUCGCAGGGCAAGCACAGCGACUCCAACACGCAGGAAAUGCUAACAAAAGAGGAGUUGGAGGACAAUGUGACGGACCAGACCCACCACAUAGUAGUACCGUCAUACUCCGCGUGGUUCGACUACAACUCCAUACAUACCAUUGAGAAGCGAGCCCUGCCAGAGUUCUUCAACGGGAAGAACAAGUCCAAGACUCCUGAGAUAUAUCUCGCUUACAGAAACUUCAUGAUCGACACAUACCGCCUGAACCCGACGGAGUACCUGACGAGCACGGCGUGCCGUCGUAACUUGGCCGGCGACGUCUGCGCCAUCAUGCGCGUGCAUGGCUUCCUCGAGCAAUGGGGACUUAUCAACUACCAGUUGGAGGCAGAGUCUCGUCCGACAGCGAUGGGUCCUCCCCCAACGUCUCACUUCCACGUCCUGUCUGACACACCGUCCGGACUGCAACCACUCGUCACACGACCCACGCAGCCUAGACCCGCGGAGAACGUGCCGAAGGUGGAGCCAGGACUUCCUAACGGUGCGGAGGCAGGAGCCGGGGCGGCGCCCCCCGUUGCGCCCGUCAAACCUGAACCGGCACUCGAACUCGGCACCGCACCCGGACUCAAACUCGACCAGUACCGCUGCGGCGCGGGCGGCGGGCGCGGGCGCGCGUGGACGGAGCAGGAGACGCUGCUGCUGCUGGAGGCGCUGGAGCUGCACCGCGACGACUGGAACCGCGUCGCCGCGCACGUCGGCUCGCGCACGCAGGACGAGUGCAUACUGCACUUCCUCCGCCUGCCCAUCGAGGAGCCCUACCUGCACGACGCCACCGCCGGUGGCGUGCUAGGUCCCUUAGCCUACCAGCCAAUUCCAUUCAGCAAAACAGGCAACCCAGUGAUGAGUACUGUGGCCUUCCUCGCCUCUGUCGUGGAUCCACGCAUCGCCUCCAGAGCCACUAAGGCGGCUAUGGAGGAGUUCGCGGCUAUCAAGGACGAGGUCCCGGCGGCCAUGAUGGAAGCCCACGUGAAGGCGGCGGGAGCCCACGGGCCGGCCGCCGCGCUGGCCGCCACCGGCAUCGCCGGCACUGCGCCCGACCUCUCGCCCAGCGCUGAGGCGAAGAAGGAGGGCUCAUCAGAUAUCAAGGCGGAGCCUAUGGAAGUCGAGGAGGGCGAGGCCAAGGUCAAGGACGAGCCACAGGAGGCACCCGCCGCACCAGAGCCUGAGAAGGAACCUAAGGAGGAACCAGCAGCACAGGCUGGUACAGAAAAAACAGAAGCUCCAGCGGCAGUGGACGCGAAGCUCCAGUCCGCGGCCGCCGCAGCGCUGGCCGCUGCCGCCGUGAAGGCCAAACAUCUCGCGGGAGUCGAGGAGAGGAAGAUCAAGUCACUCGUCGCGUUACUCGUCGAGACGCAGAUGAAGAAACUAGAGAUCAAACUAAGACAUUUCGAGGAACUUGAAGCUACCAUGGAGAGGGAACGAGAAGGAUUGGAGUACCAACGACAACAACUAAUUCAGGAGCGACAACAGUUCCACUUGGAGCAGCUCAAGGCCGCGGAGUUCCGUGCCAGGCACCAAGCACAUCAGAGGUUACAGGCCGAGAGUGGUGCAGCGGGCGCAGUGCCAGGCGCGGGCGGGGCGGCGGGCGCGGGCGCGGGCGGGGCGGCGGGGGCGCCGGACCCCGCGCCGGAGCCCGCGCCUCCCUCGCACGCCUAGCUGCGCCUCUACACGGACUACAAACACUAGCCAUUAAGCAUAUAUUAGCAUAAGUAGACUUCAACAUUAUUGUAUAGAGUUACAUGUGAACGAGUGAUCUGUAUGAACGUGAACCUCGGAUGUGGUGGAAGAUCGAUGUAUUCAAGUAUCCGUAAUUAUUUAAUUGUAAGUGUACCUGUAGAAGCAUAUCGCCGCUAUGAAAUAAAACACUUCGGGUUGUAA